GCCGCCCCGCGCCCCCUCGCAGCCUCCGGAGCCGUCGCCCACCCGCCAAGAUGGAGCAAACCUGUGAUGAUAUAGAUGAAAUGUUCAGCAAUUUACUUGGGGAGAUGGACAUGCUGACUCAGAGUUUAGGAGUGGACACUUUACCACCUCCAUGCCCCAGCGUGUCAAACAAUGAAUUUAGCUUUACAGUUGGUUUUAAAGAUUUAAAUGAAUCACUAAAUGCCCUAGAGGACAAAGACCUGGAUGCUUUAAUGGCUGAUCUUGUAGCAGACCUUAAUGAUGUUGAACAGAAAACUUUACAAGCCCAGAAAACUUCUUGCAAUCAGCAAAGUGCAGUCACUCAGCCUUCAACAGGCUUGCAUAGUGACACUUAUUCUGAAGUAAGUCCCUAUGCUACCAUUACUGGACAGUUUGGGGAUGAUUUCCCCCCUCCACCUCCAGACCCUGAACCAGAACUUCCACCACCACCACCACCACCUCCUCCUGAGGCACUUACACAGGAAGAACUAGAGGCAAAGGCAAAAGCAGACAAGAUUAAACUUGCAUUGGAGAAACUGAAGGAAGCCAAAGUUAAAAAGCUUGUUAUCAAGGUGCACAUGAACGAUAACAGCACAAAGUCUCUAAUGGUGGAUGAGCGUCAGGUGACACGGGAUGUUUUGGACAAUCUCUUUGAGAAAACCCAUUGUGACUGCAACGUUGACUGGUGUCUCUAUGAGAUGUACCCAGAGCUGCAGAUUGAAAGAUUUUUCGAAGACCAUGAAAAUGUUGUUGAAGUGUUAUCAGACUGGACUCGAGACACUGAGAAUAAAAUUCUGUUUUUGGAAAAAAGUCAAAAAUAUGCUUUAUUUAAAAAUCCCCAGAAUUUCUAUCUGGCAAACAAAGGGAAGAAAGAAAGCAAAGAAAUGAAUGAUAAAAACAAAGAGGCAUUGCUGGAGGAAAGCUUCUGUGGGACAUCUGUCAUUGUGCCAGAGCUUGAAGGGGCCCUUUAUUUAAAAGAAGACGGAAAAAAGUCCUGGAAGAGGCGUUACUUUCUUCUACGAGCUUCUGGAAUUUAUUACGUACCCAGAGGAAAAACCAAGACAUCACGGGAUCUGGCAUGCUUCCUUCAGUUUGAGAAUGUGAAUGUGUACUAUGGUUAUCAACACAAAGUGAAAUAUAAGGCACCUACAGAUCACUGCUUUGUCUUAAAGCACCCCCAGAUUCAAAAGGAGUCACAAUAUAUCAAGUACUUGUGCUGUGAUGAUAAAGCAACCCUGCAUCAGUGGGUAACAGGAAUAAGAAUUGCCAAGUAUGGCAAGACGCUUUAUGACAAUUACAAAUGUGCAGUGAAGAAAGCUGGCUUGUCCUCUCGGUGGACGAAUCAAAAAGCAGUGGAACCAACUGCCCCUGCAGGAUCCUCAUCAGCAGGUACUGUUCAGUCAAAUGGACAGAUUCCCCAAAGUGUCCGUCGUUUCAGUGCAGAAUUUCCGGACACUCAGAAGAAAGUGGACACAUCUGAGGCACAAGCUGAAAAAAAUAAUGCCAGUGCACCUGGCCUGGCACAGCCAUUGCUGAGGCCACAGAAAAUCCAGAGUAAGAGGAACUCACUGCAGCCUCCUCCUCCACCUGAAAGGCGUUCAUCUGCUAUUUCUGCUUCACCAGUUCUACCCUCCAAAGUGAAACGAGACAGCGGCAUUUUCCUAACAGAUCCAGAGAGCUUUCCAGCACCACCACCGACACUGAAGAUUGAUUUUCCUCCACCACCACCAUCAGAUUUCUGUGAACCACCCCCUGAUUUUGUGCCUCCACCGCCACCAGUCUCCAGCAGCAGUAACGGGGAUGUGCCAUUACCCCCUCCACCUCCACCUGUCUCCAGUAAGCCGCCACCACCUCCAGCGAAGAAACCCGUACCACUUCCUCCAAAAAGGCUGGAAAACACAGGACACGAUGGAGAGCCACAGUCAGCGGGGCCACCUCUGAUUGCAGGGGAAGGCAAGCAAGCAGAUUUCAUGUCUGACCUGAUGAAAGCUCUUGAGAAGAAAAGGGGUAACAGCUCCUGAACUCUGGGAGUGGGUGGACUUAAAGACAGAGCUGGUUUUGUGAGGCGUCACCGAAGGUCAUGCUGGAUCAGGCAUCUUCAGGAGGAAUUCUCCUUCAGAGCUCCUCUUGGAGGCAGUCUCAAGAAGGUGGGACCCCCUUUGUCCCCCACUUUGUCCCUGUAACCUGCUCCUUUCCCCUGCACCUCACCAGCCCCUGCUCUUAACUCCCAUUCCAGCACCAGGCAAGGUAAGAAUUAGCUGGAGUCUUGCUUCCCUCCACAAGGACAGCCAGGGAUGGUGCCACGCUGGAGCCAGCCAUUUCAGAGAGUGAAAUGCAUUUACUCUGGCUGCCUUUUUAGUAGAAUGGGAGUUAAAGGAAAAAUACACUGUUCUCAUGUAAAUUUUGACAAGAACCAUUUUCACAGAAUUGCCCUUAAAAGUUCUUUAUCCGAUAACUCCCAACUAUGGGGGGGUGGGUUCUUCCAAUACAAAGAUG